GCCGCCCCCUCCCUCGAAAGCGGUGACAAGAGGGACCCAAGAUGGCAGCCAGCCGCUACCGGCGUUUUCUCAAGCUGUGUGAGGAGUGGCCAGUGGACGAGACCAAACGAGGCCGGGACUUGGGCGCUUACCUGCGGCAGCGGGUAGCACAGGCCUUUCGGGAGGGAGAGAACACGCAGAUUGCAGAGCCUGAGACCUGUGAUCAGAUGUACAAGAGCUUAGCACGACUCCAUUCAAACUAUUACAAACACAAGUACCCACGCCCCAGAGAAACAAGCUUCAGCGGCCUGUCCUUGGAAGAGUACAAGCUCAUUCUGUCCACAGAGGCCUUGGAAGAAUUUAAGGAAAUGAAUAAAGGCAUGUGGAAGAAACUGCAGGAGAAGUUUGCCCCCCAGAAUCCCGAGGACAUGCACAAGGCCUGGGCCCGGUCCUUAUCUCGCCCACGUACAUGAGUGUGGUUGCUUGUAUGUUGUCAUCAUAAAUAAAACUGUCAGUUCUCCCCU